AUGGAAGAAGUAGACUUUGUCAGGGACUUCAAGAGCGGUGUGCGAGACUAUUUCACUCACAAGACUGAGUACUCGCAGGUUCAAGCUGUCCUGAUCGCCUGGUCCGAGAACGAUGUCGGCCCCGAACAAGAGUUGAAAGACCUGCGUGCUGUCUUCGAAAAAGACUAUCAAUUCAGCGUGUCCACCUUCAACAUUCCCAACCAUGGGUCCUCGCCGGGUGCGAAACUCAACUUGGAGAUCGCAAGUCUGGUAGACACGAAAUGCAACCAUAGCGACUCGCUCGUGAUCAUCUAUUACGCCGGUCAUUGCGGCCCAGACAAGCAUGGAAAUGCCGAAUGGGCAGCCUUUGAGACCGGUGGACCGACGCUGUCGUGGCAUAUAACCCAGCAAAUUCCAUUUGCUGCCCAUGGGGACGUCCUCGUCCUCCUGGAUUGCUGCAAUGCUUCGCUUCUGACUAGACGAACAAAGGACGGUGGCAGAUUCGAGCUGCUCGCCGCGUCAGCGAAGGGGGCGAAGACGCCAAUUCCUGGAAGGAAGUUUUUCACAAGAGCCCUUAUCAAGGAGCUGAAGAAGCACGCUGCAGUCGGCAUCGAUGCGGAUGAGCUAGCUGACAGGCUGCGAGAAGACGACAGAAUUACCGACGGCAGGUUUGUUAGGAGACCUGCUGGCUACGUCCUUUUCCGCGCCUCGCUGUCCGACGAUGUAACCGGGCGCGAAAUCGCCGACUGGCUGAAGACGGCAGCGCCAAAGAAUGUCACGGCAGUAGAUAUCGAGCUAGUCAUCACCCGAGCCCGACGCCUGCAGGGCCUCUUGGAUGGACAGGGCUACGCCGAUAGUUCCGUCUUCAGCCGGCUCUCCGAGCCCGCAAGGCAGGAGAUUGUUCGACAACUCCAGGGGCUGAACACUGUGAUGUCAACAGCAGAGGGAAACGCUCGUGAUCCAACCAGAGCCGCCGACAGAGCCUCGAUUGAGGAGUCGAUUGAGAGCAUCAAUAGCGGCGUCGCCAAUGUGUGCUCAGCGGUAGAAACCCCGAUCCUAUUGGAUCUCAGCCAGGACAGCGAGAGUCUGGAGGAUGAUGAGCUUGUGACAGCUGCAGAUGCGGGCCCAGCGAUUCUUCUCCGCCGGGCUGUAGAAAGCCACCAGCAACAGCUCCAGCAGGGCCCGCCCCCGGUCGAGUCCCGGCGCUCCACCCGCCGAUUGAUCAAGAACAUCCUCGCCAGCGCUCCUAAUCUCAACAACAAGGCUGACAGGCCUAACCCGAGCGCCCCAGACCUAACCAUCGCGUCUGCAAAAUUUAAGCAUAAUUUUAUCUCGGAUAGUAUCACAUUCAUCAAAACUGCAUCUAAAUUCAAGACGGGCACAAUCGAGCAGAAGAUUGUCGUCAUCGAGACGUACAAAUACCAGAAGAAUGAUGAUGGGGAGCCUUACCAGGAACAAGCCAAGAAGAUGGUCAGUCUCCUACGCCACCCGAAACUUUUCGAAACGCAUCAUGAUGUCUAUUCACUGGUCGUGGUGCUUCUCGAGAUGGCGCUCUGGAAGGACAUAGGAUCUAUUGUUCACCCGAAGGGCGUACCCAUGAUCACGAAUGCGAACGUACACAAGAGCAUCGUGUGCCUGAGAUCGGGUUUCUUAAGAAGGGAGCUCUCUAGCCCGUCCAAGACAGGAGAUGUCAAGUCUGUCAAAAUUCUGAAUCACACGGAGGAGGAAAUGGCACUUCUUCUUGAGUUCAUCUAUUCUGGAGGCAUCGCAGCCAUCGACGACCUUAAGCCUGACGAUUGUGGUUCCGGGACGGCCUGCCAGCUCGUCAUCGCCUACUUUGUGUGGGUGGCACGUGGCUGGCUGGUCCGCGACCCCAUGAUCGAGCGGCUCAACGCCAGGUUUCCCUUGUUUGGCAACCAUGUUCUGACCACCUUGGCCCACGGCCCGCAGUCACCGUACGUCCAAGGUGAUGCACAGCUCAUGUCCGCUGCCAACAACCCAGGUAGCGCUUUCGGCACCAAUUACUCUCGGGCUCAGGUUGAGGCGCCGGGCCAGGCCACGAAGCUUUUCCCGCCUAAGCCCCUGUAG